AUGCGCCGAGAAGGGAGCCCCAGAUGGCCGCGUCUGCCGGCACCGGCAUUUCCUCGAUCAUCUGGCGUGCGCGCCGUACGUGGCCGGCCCGCCCGAGGAGAUCCACCACGCAGCCGUAGUGCUCUACUCCCGGCCUCGCCAUGGAGGCGAAGAUCUCCAUGCCCUUAUCCGUGAGCCCCGCGUGGGCGCAGGCGGAGAGGACCCCCAGCAGGGUGACCCCGUUCGGCUCCACAGAGGAGACCCUCAUGGCCUCGAACAGCUCCACGGCCUCGGCCGCGCGGCCGUGGUGCGCGAGCCCGCCGAUCAUGGCGCUCCAGGAGACCACGUCCCGGCGCGGCAUUCGGUCGAACAUCUGGCGGGCCUCUCGGAGGCUCCCGCACUUGGAAUACAUCUCCACGAGGGCGUUGCAGACCUGGGUCUCCCCCAGGAGGCUGUUCCUGUCGGCGAAGGCGUGGAUCCACCGGCCCAUCUCCAGGGCCCCCAGGCGGGCGCACGCGGGGAGGACGGAGACGAGGGUGACGUGGUCCGGCUUCGCCCCCGACCGCUGCAUCCGGUGGAAGACCUCCAGCGCCGCCGCGUGGCCACCGGCGCUGGCGUGACCGGAGAUCAACGCCGUCCACGAAAUCACCGUCUUCUCCGGCAUCUCCUCAAAGAGGAGACUCGCCUCCCCCAUCUGCCCGCGCCGUGCGUGCGCCGAGAUGAGUGUGUUCCAUGCGACCGCGUCCCGCUGCGCCAUUUUGUCGAACACCUUCCGCGCGUCAGAGAGAAGGUGGUCGCCCCUCGAUCUGGCGUACAUCUCAAGAAGGGAGUUCUCCACGACAGGUGCCGAGUCCAGGCCGAACUUGCAGGUGUGGGCGUGGACCUGUGUGCCGAGGGCCGGCAGGGCCAGAGCGCCGCAGGCUUUGA